AUGGCUGCGACUCUCAGUUCCAAUUCAUUUCUUCUAACCUCCACAUCCAAUUCAAGAGCAACCACCACCCUCAAGAACCCAAGGCUCUGUGUCUUGGCCAAGAGGGCUGGCCCCUUAUCCGCAUUUCGGUUUGGCAAGUCCGGGGGCGAUGGUUCGUCGUCGGACGAAGGCCAAGCUGAUGAUUCCACCAAUUCCAGCUCUUUCCGGUUUGAUUUCGGCAAAAUUCCGGAUGUGAAAUCUUUGAUCCCUGUUGUGAGUCGGCCUUCUUUAGGCCUGUCAUUUGGGAACCCCAGAACCAAGGACCCUAGAACUGUGUUUGUUGCUGGCGCAACGGGUCAGGCUGGGGUUCGCAUUGCACAGACUCUUUUGCGUGAAGGUUUCAGUGUGAGGGCUGGCGUGCCUGAACUUGGUGCUGCCCAAGAAUUGGCUCGUGUUGCUUCUAAAUACAAGAUCAUAUCAAACGAAGAAUCAAAACGCAUCAAUGCGGUUGAAUCCGUCUUCCAAGAUGCCGAGGCCAUUGCCAAAGCCAUCGGAAACGCCAGCAAAGUUGUCGUCACAAUCGGCCCCAACGAGAACGGUCCAACGACCGAAGUCACCCCAUUAGACGCCUUACAAGUAAUACAAGCUGCCCAGCUGGCCGGCGUUGGGCACGUGGCAAUAAUCUACGACAGGAACACAUCGGGUGUAGCAACUUACAAUGUACUAGAUGGCCUCUCUUCAUUCUUUAACAACCUCAUCUCGGGAUCUCAGCCGUUGACUGUAGCUGAAUUUUUGCAAAAAGUCAUCGAAACGGGUGUCAGCUACACGUUUAUAAAAACAAGUUUGACUGAAGAUUUUUCGCCUGAGAGCUCAUACAACGUUGUCGUUUCAGCUGAAGGAAGCGGAGGUGCAAACGACUACAAAGUAGCCAAGGCUCAGAUUGCAAACCUGGUGGCCGAUGUUUUCUUAAACACUUCUGUGGCGGAAAAUAAGGUUGUGGAAGUAUAUACUGAUCCAUCAGCACCCUCCAAGCCUGUGGAUCAGCUUUUCAGUACCAUCCCUGAGGAUGGAAGAAGGAAAGCUUAUGCAGAAUCAAUUGCAAAGGCAAAAGCAGAGGAAGAGGCAAUAAUAGCUGCUGAGAGAGCUCGCGAAGCAGCUGAAGUGACGAAGAAACUUGAAGAAGAGGUAAAAAAGCUGACUGAGCAAGAAGCUCGAGCAACUACUUUAGCUGAAGAUGCUCAAGUGAAGGCUGAGGCUGCAGGGGGCACAAUAGACAGCCUCUUCAACAAGGCAAAAGAUAUUGGCUCAGGGCUGUCCUGGGACAAGUUUAGCUCACAACUUGCAGACACAGUUCAAAAGUCUACAGAGAUACCAAAAGUGCAGAUUGCCACUGUCCGAGGACAGGCAAAGGCUCGGACUUUACCUCGGCAGAAAGCGGUUGCCAAGCAAGUUACAACUCCAAAACUGGCUUCUUUGAAACCGAAAGAACAGCCAAAGCCUAAGGCCAAGCAAACGGAUGAGAACAAGGAAGUGAGGAAGGUGUUUGGUGGCUUGUUUACGCAAGAAACUGUGUAUGUCGACGAUGACUGA